AUGGCUACUUUCAAUGUUCCCGGUGGUCAGGUGGCCAAUGUGCGGGUCGUUGAUACCGGCUCCACGAUUUCACGUAUCCCUACCUCACGGCUCAUGGCACCUCCUAUGCAGGGCUUCGAUCAUAUUCCGACGAUGCCAUCGUUCUCUUUCCUCGUUGAGUCCGCAACUGGAAAGAAAGCGCUCUUCGAUCUAAGCAUAGCAACGGAUUGGGGAAACUACGCCCCCAUCGUCGCCAAUUCACUCAGAACCAAUGGGUACGAAAUCAAAGCGGAAGUUGGCGUGCCAGAAGUAUUGCAGAGUCAUGGCGUGGAUUUGAAAUCCAUCAAUAGUAUAAUAUGGAGGCUUGUUCAUUCUUAA